UGCGGUGGCCUGCCAUUAUUUAACGUCGUGCUCCGCUCGCGAACGAUCUAGUUUCUGAAUCUUGCGUACUGAAGGAGGUUACAUUUGUCAUUGUAAGAAUGUCAAAGUUGAGUGUUACGUUGCUCUUCAUUGGGCUGUCGCUGUUCGUGGUCUGUGAUGGAUCCCCGAUUGGUGCGAGCUCGGAGUCCAAUGAAUCGAACGAAGUGGACGAGUUCCUGACGGAAAUGCGUGAAAUGUGCAAAAACAACACAGGCUCCGAUGCGGCGUUCCCUAAUUUUAUGCAAUCAGUUGAACAGGGUAUGAUGUGUGCGGCCGCUUUCGAUGCAGACAAUUUCAUGGUCGAUUUGGACAAGCUAACAAACGCAACGCGAUCAGCAUUCUUUUCAAACUACUGUCCAAAGCUGCGAACGGUCGCUGCUUGCAAGGAUGGUAUUUUGACUGGCAUGAAGCCAUGUCUUGAGAGCGAUGACUACAACAUUGUCGAGGCGUUGGCCGGUAUCAUUCCUGACGCAGUCGAACUUAUUUGUAAGAACGAUGGAAGUAUCAUAUUCCAAAUGGAAGAUGAGACGCGAUUGGAAUGUAUCGCGACGAAGGUUGAUGAGUUAACGGUGUGUGCCACAUCGAUUGCUAGCACCUGGAAUGAUGAUUCGGACAUUUCCGAACUCACGCCGGAACAGUGCAGCGGUUUAAUCAAUUUCCGUCAAUGCAUUAAGGAGAAACUGGACAGUUGCCAAAUGUCGGAAAUUCUGGGCAUUUACGAUCUAUUCCACAAUGCACUGUUUCGAAUGACGCCUUGCGCUAAGAAUACGGUGGUGCCACAGCUGGAACUGGUUGAUAACAACGCGAUUGUAUGAACAGGGGGCAAAAUGUCAGGGUUUGCGGUUGGUGCGAUAGUGAUCUUCAUACUGACACCGAAGCCGUAAUAAAUUUGUUUGCAAAACCCGAACUACGAAUCCAGUGCAUUCAAUGUUGUUUAAUAAAGGAAUUUCGCAGAAAGGA